AUGGAGGCAGCCGCAAGCAUAAUUGCUUUCCUACAGGUUGCUCAAGGUAUUGCCAAAUGUGCAAUCAAGACCAAGAAGCUAUGGGACCAAGCACAGGACAUACCCGAGGAGAUGCAGUCUCUCAUACUGCGUCUACACAGUUACAAGUCCAUAUUCGAGGUUAUGCAUCAACAAUUUCCUAAUCAGGAGUCGUUUUGUUCGCUACCGACGUUCUCGCUAGUACAGGAUAACUUGAGAGCUUCGAUGUCGGCACUUGAGUUGCUCGACGAGAGUGCUGAACACCUUGUCACGAAAAUAGAUGCAAAGAAAGGGCUGAAGCGGAAGUUGACUGCUUUCAAAAUAGCAAUUGGGAAGGAAAACUCUGAUCGACUCAUCAAAAGACUGCAUGAUUCUAUAGCCUUGCUCAACUUAUCAUUACAGGCCUGGAAUAUGGCAAUUACGAUAUUGACACCCGAGUUGAUCGCGAACCAGAUCAGCCAAACAUUCAAAACCCACUGUGACGGCAUUCAGUCAUGGAAAAAGCCCGCGAUAGAAGCUGAGGAAGAGAAUGAACAGUGUCAUGAAGUCAGUAGAGCAGACGACAACCAGAUCUCGACUUUAUCACGCUAUACGGUAAAGCUCAACAAGAUAUAUACUCCCUCAAAAUUGGGCCGUUUCGCGAUGACAUAUACCACAGCCACAGGUGCAUGGCAAGCCUAUGUUCAAUGGCCAAGCUGGAUUUCUACAUCUGUCUACGAGCUACAGUCCUCUCCAACACUUGGUGGCUGGUCUUAUAACUACAGGGUGUAUAACAUCAUUUCAUCCGAGUCAGAUAUCAUCAAGAAAAUAGAAAAAGGGGACAAGGCUGGAGUUUUGGAGCUUUUCAAAACAAGAAAAGCAUCCCCGUUUGACAAAGAUAGUCAAGGCCACUCACUACUAUACUAUGCAGCAAACAAGAAACAUUUCGACCUGUGCCAGCUUUUCUUGAGCUUGGGGCUCCAGAAUGCUCUGAUCGAUAGAGUAGGGACGAUGAACGAGAGUCCUUUAACACCCCUUGUUUUUAACCCAAACCGGCACGACCCAGAGGAAGACUGGCUGAAGAUAGCCGAACUGUUUCACUCGUACCUCGAUGAACCGGAAACGAACAUGGUUUUACGUCUUUUCGACUGUGGGCGGGAGUGGGCCUACGGAGACGAGUUCGCUAUGAUAUUUAGGAAGCGAUUUCUACCCAAGUUUUAUACAGGGCCUUUAAGCCAUCGGCUUGAAGCGUUUAGAUUGGGAUCAUUCCACAUGGACUCUCCCGGGAGCCUAAGGCAACUUCUGUCACAAGACCGACGGAUUAGUAGUUUUGACGUUAGCCAGUCAAGCCAGGAGAGGCUUUCCCUCGUCCAUUCGGCUGCCGUGGCAUUAAGCAUCCGAUUUGCUGACGAGGCCAUACCACAAGCAAGAGGAGCAGCCCAGUGGCCCAUAUACAACGAUGGCUGGAGUUACCUGGCUCAACAGGUUGUCACAGCAGCCUCCAUAGAGGACCUACACAGCUUUGAGACUGUACGACCAUGGGAUGUAUACCAUGUUCCAGUCUGGAGCGGCACACCGCUCGUGUCCAUUCUUGGAGGCGCGCUUUGCUAUCUCUCGCCCAACGUAUCAUUCUUUCACUGGGAUUCUGUAUUUCAACAAUCGAUACAAGAGUGGUUGUCGAUCCUUGAAGCCACAGAGGUGGAUCUAGUCGAGUAUGGGAGAAGGGAGGUGGAGAUUUUGAAAGCGAACAUGCGCGGCGCUUUCGAUGCCAAUGCUAUCGAAACCUCGAGGCAUUGCAUUCGAGAUGCAAUGCCUUCUUCUUGUACAUCGCUUAGAGUCCGUGAGCGUGCUGGAGUAUGGAACGAGAACCACUGGGUCCCCAUUCGGCUUUUGGAUCUUGAAUUUGGGCCGCUAGCAACUGAUUGGAAGAUUGUAUGGGCACCAGAGUUUGAGUGGAUGGCCAAUGAGUUCUGGGCGAUGAUAGAAAGAGAGGAUCUAGUAAUGCCUGGAUCAUGGGUUGAUGCAUAG